GCACAGGCUGAGAAAGCUCCGGCACGCCCUGUGCCGAGGCGUCUCUCGGCAUGCCUCCGGAUGCUGAAGCAGUGCCCAUGGUUCGGAAAGUCGAAGGCCUCUCCAGAAAACCAGGGGCACUCUCCGGGUCUUCCUGGAGGUGAUCUGCAGACUGAGGCGCCCUCCUCUCCGCGCCGUUUGAGUCUGCCCGGGCAGCUCGUGGAAGAGGCGACGAUGAUGACGACAGCCUCUCUGAACGAUCGGCAUCCACCGUGCGACCAUCCGAAGGUGCCGAGCAGCCCGGCGCUUCGAGCUGUCGGGGACCUCUCCACGCCCUCAACCCCGUCCUCCAGGAGCUCGGCGUCCUCCAGACCCCCUCCCGUGCCGACCGUGACAUGCGAGCAAGAAGGCAUCCGUCCACAUCCUCCGAAGCUCGAAGAUGUGAACCUGCGAGGUGCCGCCGGCAAGGCAGAGAUACCUCUGACCUUGCAGGUCUCCACGGAUCCGGAAACCACGAAUCCAUCAGAAGCCUCUUGCUCCCCGUCUCCACGCCCGGGGAACCUCUCCGUCCAGGGUGGAAGGAAGGAGGCGACGCGAUUCUCAAGACAUCUCUGCAGCCCUGAAGUGGAUGGAGACUCUUCGUCGACAUCUUCAUCGCCUGCAGGUUCCGGCACUGAGCGUGGCAUCAGGGCGUCUCCCAUCAGCCUCCCACCUCGCCUCCCGCGUGGGCCCGCGGCAUCGCCCUCACCACGAGCCAGACCUCAGGACGCGCCGUCGCCGCGGGCACCCUUUCCCGGCGCUCUCCUCGAUAGCCACGGAAAGGCGGCGUUUCGGCCGGCACAGCGUGAGCUGAGGCGGCCACCGAGCUUGCCACAGUUGGACUUGCAGCAGAUGGUCACCCCUGCGCCGCCGCCGACCACUCCGCACUCUGCCAGGCCGGCAAGUUCAAGGCUGAGAAGGAGCCGGUCCGGACCACUGGAAGAAGCCAAGCUUCUGAUGUCGCGCGGAACACCUCGGGGCAGACGUCCCAGCAGCGUUCCGGCGCUCUGCCUGCCAGGACCUGAGACCUUCGCCUCGCCUCGGCUCCCCCGGCCGCCGGCGGCCACGGAUCGAUCUCCCGGUCUUCCAAGGAGCAGCUGCUGUUGGUGUGGCACCUGUGUAGAUGCAAAUGCGCCUACGCCGUUCACCGCUCGGCCGAGGACGAAUCGUGUGGCGGCCGAGCCCUGA